AGCGUGUAAUUUCUGACGUGCAGUAGGUGACGUGCAGGGCUGGCAUUGGCCAGCAGCCGUAGAAGCUUAAGACAGGCUGCAAUUAGCGUGUCGCCUGAUUGGUAGCCUGGAAAAUGAUGAGCUUGCGGGCUGCCGCGCGCAAGCAGGAGCUGCCCUCGCUUCUGCUGGCCCAAGCGCGCCAGUACGUGACACCCCUGCGCGUGGAGUUUAGCGAGGGAUUGGCCGCAACUAAGAACAAGGAGUCGACCGCCCUGGUUGAGGAAUGGAAGAGCAAGAAGGAGGCAACUGAGGGCAUCCUUAAGCUACUCCAGUCCUACAAGGACCUAGGCGACAGUAAGGGCGAGCCUUUGCUGAAGUUCCACAACCCGCGGACUUAUGAAGACCUUACCGCGCCAGUGCCGAACUUCCGGGCCCAGAACCUCAAGCCCGGCGAGGUUGGAAAAUUUUUCGACAAUGUGCUUCAGAAGCGUGCGGGGGAUGCGGUCGACGCGAAGAGCAAGUGGUGGUCAGAGCGCAAGGCAGCAGCUGAGGCGGCCGCUGCCAGCAAGCAGCUCGAUUCUUUCGGCAGCCUACCGGUGCCCAGCUGGACACUCGGUAAGUCGGUCUCUCUGGAAUCUGUCAACAAGGUGACGGACGCCUACCUCAAGUCGCUGGAGCCGGCACGCAAGGUGACACUCCCGGGAGGCGCCAAGGAGGAGCCCGUCGUGGUGGAUGGGGGCAAGCCUGUGUCGGGUUUCAAGUUCGUGAGCAAGGCAGUUGCCGCUAAGGUUCUGGCUGCUCGGCGUGCUGAGGUGCACGACCGCUACGUCAAGAUGUGGGCCAAGAAGCUGCUGGUGUCGCCCGAGGUGGCAGCGGUGCCGCUCAAAGACGUGGAUGGGCAGCUAGCCUCCAAGUUCGAGUUGCUGGCACCGCAGUACGCAGAUCUGCUGCAGGCCGCAUCCUCCGGCUCCAAGACACUGGCGGAGCGCAUGUCGCACCACCCUGCACUGGACUCAUUCCUGCUCAAGCGCGAGAAGGAGGCUAUUAAGGGCGACUUCCCCUCCUCGGAGGUCGAGGCCGCAGGUGCAGCGCUCGCGAAGGAGCUGGAGGGCGAUCCCGCGGUUGCCCUGGAGAAGCUGCUGGGCCCUGAGCUGCAGUCGGGUCCGUUGGCUGGUAAGCCGAUGAGCGAGGUGAUAGCGGCUAUCACGGCACACAAGUAUGCGUCUGAUCGGUACAUGUACCGUGAGGGCAUGAAGCUGGCGGCGAGGUACAAGGCCGAGGAGGACGCUAUGCGUGGCGAGCUCAAGGCCUUGUACGGUGAUAAUGUGGACGUUGCCAGCUUCCAGGCCCAGCCGCGCACCCCCGCGCAGCAGAUUCUGGACCGCAUGAAGGAGCUGGAAGCCCGUGCUGCCGAGUUCAAGGCUGAGCUGGAAGCGGCUGAUAACGACUACCUGCGCUACGCCGCAUCCAAGAAGCAGCAGGUGCUCUCGGACCCGAGCAACAUCGCUUUCGAUGAGGUUCUUUACCCCAGCCUGGUGGAGGAACAGAUGGACAUUGAGCUGGCUGAGCUGAAGGAGGAGGAGAUGAAGGUGGAUGAUGCGGAGGAGGAGGAGCUGUGGAUGCUCACCCUGUCAGCGCAAUUCCGUCACAUCCAGAAGCAUUUUGGCGUGGACCUGCCGCACAGCGUUCUGGCGCAUAUGGACCCCGUCCUGGUCAAGAAGAUUGACUGGGAAACUACCAAUGGCCUGGAGGACUGGGACAUCACCCUGGACGACAUGGGUGCCGAGACCGCAAAGGAGCAGUGGGGUGUGGAGAACCUGUCGCACCACUUCCUGCCGCUCAUCCGUUAUCGCCGCGACAAGGCGCGCAAGCAGGUUGGCCGCUUCGACCCGGAGCUGGUUGCGGGCCGCUGAGCCUAAUUUGCACUUGCUCUUCCCCGCCUUGGUGGGGUUGAGUCAGGAUUUAACGGUGGUUCUGCUUGCUUUGUUAAAGCCUCGCGGCA